CACAACAUCCAUCACCUACAUGGACGGUAAUGUACAUCCGUCAGAAUGGACCCUAGCGAGCACUGUUCGAGAACCUUUGAAUCAACAUGGAUGGCUUUAAAUCGGUCCCCUCAAAUAUAUUAGACACUCAUAUUAUUAUUACAACGUAAAGGUUUGUUUUGCAGCAUUAUUUCGGUUACAGGUAGAAAUUCAAUUUGUUACGUAGUGGCAUUAAAACGGCUGGCUGUUUAACGAACCCAGAUACAUAGAGACGUGAGCACAGAAUUAUACUCGCACAUUUCUUAAAAAUAUAUGCAAUUGCAGCAAUGGCAGACGCGGAGUUGCAAACCUUCACAUCCAUCAUGGACGCUCUCGUGCGCAUAAACUCCAAUAUGAAGAGUAUAGAGAGAGAGCUACAUUGCCCAGUGUGUGAGGAGAUGGUGAAGCAGCCGAUAGUGUUGCCAUGUAUGCACAGUGUGUGCGUAAUGUGCGCGGCUGAAGUUUUGGUUCAGAGGGGCUACCCUCCACCAGAGCUCCCCCCAGAGCCCAACACUCCAACCUCAAGCCCCAUCACACGCUCUCCUCGACAGACACGCCGACCUCCACCCAAAACAGACCGGCUUGACCGGGUGAUCAGAACAGUGUGCGGGACACAUCCAGGUCGCAGACGAAAAGAUACUCCUCCUGUGAUCAUGCUGUUCCCCUGUCCCACCUGCAAAAAAGAUGUCGAGCUGGGAGAAAAAGGCCUCGCAGACUGCCUCAGAAACCUCACAUUGGAGCGAAUUGUGGAGAGGUACAGACACACAGUGAGUAUUGGCAGCAUGGCAAUCAUGUGUCAGUUUUGCAAGCCUCCUCAGGCUCUGGAGGCCACCAAAGGCUGUGCUGACUGCAGGUCCAACUUCUGCAAUGAAUGCUUUAAGCUGUACCACCCCUGGGGCACACCCCGGGCCCAACAUGAACACAUCCUCCCUACACUUAGCUUCAGACCUAAGGUAUUAGUUUGUGUGGAGCAUGAGCAGGAGAAGUUGCAGUUCUACUGCCGGUCAUGUCAGCGUCUGUUGUGCGCUCUGUGCAAACUGCGUCGUACCCACAGUGGACACAAGGUCUUGCCUAUUGCCCUGGCUUACCAAACACUGAAGGAGAAAAUUACCAAGGAGAUGAACUACAUUUGGGCCAAUCAGGAUGCUGUACAAGCACAAAUCACUCAAGUAGAAAGUGGCAUCGCUCAGACUGAGGUGAAUAGCGGAGUGGCCAAUGAGCAGCUGAAUCAGUCUCUAAGUGAAUUGCGCGGGAUGCUGGCGGAGCGGCAGGGGUCCUUGGCCAUGAUGCUGGAGGGGGCCCAUGCGCAUAGGGCAUCGUCCCUGAAUGCACAGCUCUCCGAAAAACAGAGUCUUUUGGAAAACGCGGGACUGCUUACAUACACUCAGGAGCUGCUCAAAGAAACUGACCAGCCCUGUUUCGUGCAGGCUGCCAGAACCACACACAACAGAUUGGCCAAAGCAAUAGAAAAUCUUCAAAAUUUCUCUCUAUCUGCUGACCCCUCGUUCAGACGCUUUCAGAUAGACGUCUCCAGGGAGCUCAAAGCACUCUCUAGCAUGAACUUCAUACAAGCCCCAUUGGCUCCUGUGAUUGACACACAAAAGACUCUAGCCUAUGAUCAGCUGUAUUUGUGCUGGCGCCUGCCACAGGACUCCGCCCCUGCCUGGCACUACUCAGUAGAUUAUCAGAGAAAAGCGGCCGGUGCCGGGGCAUUGUGGGGUGGGGUCCGGUCUGAAGGAGGAAAAGGAUGCAAUGGCGCACACAGUCCAUGGCAGAGACUGGAGGAUGUGGGCGGGACUAGUGCAGUGAUUGACAGGCUUGAGAUGGACAGCGUGUAUGUCCUUAGAGUAAGAGGCUGUAAUAAGGCAGGGUACGGAGAGUACAGUGAGGAAGUAUAUCUACACACACCACCUGCACCAGUGUUGUCUUUCUGCCUGGAUUCUCGCUGGAGCCUGCAUGCCGAGCGAGUGGCGCUGGGUAAAGGGCAGACGUACGCCCGGAGUGUUCCGGGGAUGACUCUGUUACAAGCUGCUGAUCGGGCACUGACCUCAUGUCAUCUCACAACUGACCUCCUUGUGGCUGACGUUCCCAUCACGCAAGGGCGUCACUACUGGGCAUGCUCAGUGGAGCCUGGAUCCUACUUAGUAAAGGUGGGUGUAGGCGUAGAAGCAAAACUGAAGGAAUGGUUUCAUCUUCCGCAAGACAUGGCAAGUCCCCGGUACGAUCCAGACAGUGGUCACGACAGCGGGGCAGAAGAUGCUCAGGACUGUCCUCCAUUCUGCUUUCUAACAAUGGGCAUGGGCAAAAUCCUACUGCCCAAAUGCGGGGCAUCUAACACUACUUCUGGCCCCUUCACAGCUCCCUUGCCGCCUCGGCUCGGACUGUGCUUGGACUUUGAGAAAGGACAGCUUACGUUCUAUGACGCGCACUCUCUUCGGGUGCUGUGGGAGGGGACGGUCGAUUGCUCCGCCCCUGUUUGCCCCGCCUUCUGUUUCAUUGGCGGAGGGGCUCUGCAGCUGCAGGAGUUAAUAGCCAAUCGCAGUACAGAGCAGAACCCGCCGAGAAGAGUGACCAUCCAAACACGUGCCACGGAUCACUGAAGCGAUAGUUGACUAUGAAAGCAGUCUACUCAGCACCUUUCAGCUUUUUCUAUCCACUUUGUUUACCUGCUUAUUUCGUAGCUAAUUAUGCAUUAAUUGGUGAUAUUUUAUAUUAAGAUUCCUAUUUUAGAAUUUAGACAUAUUUAAUUUUCAAAAGCAGAGUAUCAAUAUGGUUAUGUAUGCUAACAACCUGCAGCAUGCCAACAACAUGUAGGUCAUGGUUAAAUAAUGAGGAAUCAUCAAAUGCUGAUUAAAAAAAUGAAAUUCAGGUUUAAUGCAUGAUUAAAAUGCAGUUUGAUUCAGGUUUUGAAAAGGAAAUGAUUCCGCAUUAUUUAAAAAACGUUUUUUCAGCAUUGUUAGCAUGUGAACUGCCCAAUAUGGGUGUUAUAUUAAUUAGUAAACACCUUGAUUUAAGUCAUUAAUAAUGUGUGUGCUUUAACAGGAAUGUCAAAAUGUCUUGAAAUUUGGAUUUCAUCAUCUGAGAAGUCUUGAUGAUAUCCAGAGAUGUUACGGCAGUAGCCGGUUGUCGUGUUGUUCACAAUGUCUUCUGUUUCAUAAUAAGAUGUUCCCAUUGUAAACCUACAGUUAUAUUGUUUUGGUGACAAACACGUCUUGUGAAUAGAGAUCUUAUCUGUGUGGUUUGUUUGGACAAGGACAGGACUGAAUGAAACAUCCAGCGAGUGAUAAAGUGAAAAUGAUUCUGCUGGUCACUGCUUUCAUGUGAGGCUUCCAUUCUAAUGUUACACAAUUGACUUACUCAUUUGAAUGUCCAGCACACUACUGUCUGUAGGCCUACUGACACAACUCAUAUGUUUUUUCGUUAUUGCCAUGAUCAUGAUUGUGAGACAUGUGUAUUGUUACCCACAGGGUAUGAUGACAGAAGAGGCUGGUUUUUUUAAAUGAAUGCUGCUCUUGACUGUGCGAAUGUCACACGUGUGUG